UCACAGGCUCGAACGGUUGAUCGUGCACGGAGCUGGGUUCUGUGUUUUGGUAUCGAAAGGAGCGGCAAAUGGUUUUGCGCGUGCGCCAAAAACUAAAUGCAAUUAAUUCAUUUACAACAAUUAGCGUGCAGCGGCAAUUGAUUUUGAUUUUGAUUUUGGCUUUGCGCGCACUUUGAUUAACAACUAAAUGGAUUAACGCUAAAACAAACUAACGAGUGCGUAACGGUAUAAUUGUGUGUGUUAGUGUGUGUGUGUGCCCUUUGAAAUGGAGCACGCCAGCUUCGAUGAUCAGAUCUUCGGGGACUUCAGCAGCGGCCCACUAAGUCCACUGGGCGCCAGCAAACCCCUGCUGCCGACCUCCACGGCAACGGUCCAGCACAGCAGCCUGCAUCCUGUCAUGCUCGGCAGCGUCGUCCACGAGCUGUGCAGUCAGCAGCAGCAACAGCAGCAGCAGCAGCGACUGCCCGAUUGCAAUACCAUACUCCCGAAUGGGGGUGGGGGCGGCUCCGGCUCGCCAAACUAUGCUCAGAAAAUGGACUUUGGCAACAAGAUGGGCUGCUUUUCGCCCAGCCAGAAAUACGAGUAUAUAACAACGCCCCAGAAGCUGGUCGAGCAGCAGCAGCCUCAGCAACAUCAUCAGCAUUACGCCGUAACGCCGCCGCCUACGCUCUCCCACGGCCACAAUCCCCACAAUGGCAUGCUGCAGCAUAAGCCUAACCAACAGCAGCAGCAGCAGCAGCAGCUGGUGGGGAUUAUGGGCGACUAUCAUACGUUGAACAGCAAGCUGGACUACUCGCCCAAGGAUCCGUAUGAGCCGCAGCAGCAGCACGUUCAGCUGCAGCAGCAGCAACAGCAGCAUCUGUACGGCGGCAGUCCGCAUCAUAGCCACGCCCAUGGCCACGCCCAUGUCCAUGAGGAUGCCGGCAAUGGCAACGGACUGCCGGACGGACUGUUGCUCGGCAGCACGUCCGGCGGCAAGCACAAGAAGCCGGAGGAGAUGUGCGUCCAGCUGGAGAACGGAUCGUCAACGCCCAACGGCAUCGUCAAUGGAAAUGCCAACAGCAGCAGCAGCGGCAGCGGAAGCAGCGGCAGCAACAACAACAGCAACAACAACAACAACAAUAAUAAUAAUAACAGUGUGACCAACAAUUCCUCGGUUCCAGCUGCUGCUGCUGGCGGCGCUGCUGGCGUCGGCGUCGGCGUCGCUGCGUCAGCUCCCAAAAAGGACAACAACAACAAGAAGAAGGGCGAUCCGAAUGGCAUCAAAAAGAAGAAAACGAGAACUACGUUCACGGCUUAUCAGCUGGAGGAAUUGGAGCGUGCUUUUGAGCGUGCACCGUAUCCGGAUGUGUUUGCGCGCGAGGAGUUGGCGAUUAAGCUGAAUCUGAGCGAGUCCCGUGUGCAGGUUUGGUUCCAGAAUCGGCGUGCCAAAUGGCGCAAGCACGAGCCACCCCGCAAGACGGGCUACAUCAAGACGAACACGCCGCCGACGGCGGCACUGAAUAGCACAUUGGCGCCGCCGUUUGCCAGUUUCCCGCAGACGACAACGGUUACGCCGCCGGGCAGCAUGGACAGCUGGACCAGCUAUCAGACGCCCUACGAGCUGAGUCCACAGUUCAGCCUGCUGUCGCCGGCGGCCAGUCCAUACGGCACCUAUUCCGGCCAGUACGGCACCUAUGUGCACGAGAGCCAGCUCUUUCCCAUGCGCCACUUCGACUACGGCAGCCCGCCACGCAUCGAGAUGAACGGCGCCGGCGGCGGCAGCACAGCCAGCGGCAAUGCGGAGGCAGCUGAAGCGGGCAACGGUUACCAGACGACAGAUCUGCAGCAGCAGCAGCAGCAGCAGCAGCAGCAGCAACAGCAGCAGCAUCUGGACGGUUCCGGCAGCACCCAGCUGAUAACAGUGCAUCAGCAGCUUAAUGGCAAGUAUCUCAGCGCCGAGGAGGCCAAGUAUGUGCAGGUGCAGUGCCAGCCGCCAACGGGCCUGGAGGACAACGGCGCCGCCUGUCACAUGGAUGCGCAUCAUUAUGUCAGCGCCGUGGCGGCGGCGGCAGCGGCAUCCGGCAGCGAGGACAACGACAGCGGCCUGCAUACUGUGAUCAAGAGCGAGGAUGCAGGAGGAGUCGCUGUGCAGCAGCAGCAGCAGCAGCAGCAACAGGCGCAAAGCUAUGUCCUGCCGCCUUUUUUGAACUAAGAGAAAUGCUCACACAUCGACGUCGGCAGCAGCGUCCCUCUGCCUCUGUCGCUGCCUUUGCCUCUGCCAGCGUUUACGCAGCAGCAGCACGCUUUAAGCGGCCAUUUUGAGUUCUUUUUUUUUUGGCGUGCCUUUGCAUGCGUGUGUGUGUGUGUAAGAGAAAUGCUCACACUACGACGACGACAGCAGCGACGCUCUGCCUCUGCCAGCAUCUACGCAGCAGCCGCACACUUUGAGCGGCCAUUUUGAGUUUUUUUUUUGCUUGCCUUUGUGUGUGUGUGUAUGUGUGUGCAGCAUUUCAAACAGUGCUAGAAAAUGUGGAUCUACGCAGCAGCAGCACACUUUAAGUGGCCAUUUUGAGUUCUUUUUUUAUUGCGUGCGUGUGCAGCAUUUCAAACAGUCAAACAGUGCUAGAAAAUGCCAAAUAUAUAGAAAAUGUGGAUCACAGCCAGUGUUGUUGGCAUUGGUUCCUUGUUACAUUUAAGCGUAGUUUAGUUGACCGACAACAACAAAAUCGACAAGUCUUGCCACAACUUAAUGCUAAUUUAUUAGUCUUAGUUUCCAAAACAAAAAGCUGUUGGCCAUUUGCAUUGGCCAACACGUACGGAAUGCAUUCCAAAUGUGCCUUAUUAGCAGCGGCCAGCAGCAUGAGGCAAAAUCCAAUUUGGUUUUGUCUCAACUCUGGCCCAAUAAUUAAUCGCCUAGUUGUAUGUAUAAAUUGAUGUAUAUCAAAAACUGUUGUGUAGUUAGACAAUAAAGUGUUUGUAUGUUUGUAUAAUGUUAAUACUUAUGCAUACUUUUGUAAUUUAGAGCUUCGAGUAGCUGCUUCAAGUUUUCAUAUAUAUAAGUUUAGCUCGUUUGCCUAGAAUCUAAAUACAAUUACAAUUUGCAAUGUAUAUAUACAUAGAGUUAAUAAUAAUACAUUUAUAUUAAAGAAUAAAGCAACAUAUUUUGUACCAAA